CGGACGGAGCGCGGGUGGAAGCUGCGCGCGCCCUACACUGUACUGCAACUGCGCUCGCGGACGGAACGCUCGCGAGCAGAUUCGAGUCGGUUAACCUAAACAGCGGACAGCAGGUCCCGCUCUGGAGCGGAGGAUCUCAUUUCUACAGAAACAGUAACCGGGCCGCGGAGUUUGAUGUUUGUUUUUGAAAAAUAACUGAGUCUCGCGCGGCGGUUAUUUUUUUUGAACAGCCGUUGGGAAAGUGAAGAAGCCCAACGGUCGAUUCUCCUCAGGAUUACAGCGGAGCGGGCGGAGAAAAACGCCUGAAAAGCCCUCAGAACCGGAGGAUACUGUUGUUUUGGGGUGUGUGCGGUGAGUUACGGCCGGCUGAAGCCACUUUAGUUCGGCGCUGUCUCGGGUAACGGCUAUACCGGCGGACGGAGAGCAGAUCUCCGGACAGGAACGCUUUUCUCUCUCUUUUCCAGGAUUAUCCGGGGUUUUCUGUCGGAUUGGACUCUUUCUAAGCGGAGUAAAGUGAGAAUUGUGGAGGAAUUAAACGGUUAUUUGUGCGGAAUGAGAGGUGUCGGUCCCUCGCAGUGACGGAGCUGGAUGUAAUCGGCAAUUUAUGGUCGGCCUGGGUAGCUCGGCGGCUGUAGAAUCGCCCGUUUGCGUGCGAGAGGAGUGCGUGUGUGUGUGCAGAGAUGCUGGCGUGUCUGCAGCGGAGGCAGAACCCGGCCCAGCACGGCCUGACCGGGCCUCAGCACGCCCUCCAGCCCUGCAGCACCAAGAGCCUGGACACACCUCAGCCCAGCACACGCAAAUGUGAACUGAGCAUGCCUGUUCACUCACCACGCUACCCCAGCACGGCAGAGCUGGACGCCUACGCGCAGAAGACAGCCAAUAACCCACUGUCCAUCAAAAUCUUCCCCACCAACAUCAGGGUCCCACAACACAAGCACCUUAACCGGACUGUGAACGGCUAUGACACCACGGGCCAGCGCUACAGCCCAUACCCCCACCUUCAUUCGGGGGGCUACCAGGGUCUGCUGGCCAUUGUCAAAGUCUCCUCAUCCUCUUCAGCCUCAUCUUCAUCAUCAUCGUUCGUGGCCUCCGCGAAGGCUGUGGUCAAGAAUGCCGAGGGCAGGCGGACUAAGCUCUCCCCCGCCCAGGUAGCGGUGGCCCCCUACCCACCCCCCAGCAACAGCAGCAGCACUUUAGCCCACUGCCAUGGCCAGACACUAGCUGUGCCUCCAAAUGUGACAGUGGCUGGGUCUGUGAUUCCCCUGGCUGGUGGCAGAGGAGGGCUGAAUCUGCCCCCUCAGUCCAACCUGCCCUCCAUCCAGAGCAUUAUCUACCAGAUAAACCAACACUGCCAAGCUCAGGCCCUGCAGCAGGUCUCCACAGCACCCCCUAACCCCAGCCCCUGCAAGCAGGGAGCCACUGUAGUUGGAGUUUCCUCUAGUUCCUCCGGAGGGAGUUACAUUGGUAACCUGGGAUACUCCGGAACGGGACUACCUGGGCACAAUGGGGAUGCGAUGAAGGUGUAUUCUGAGGGUGUGGACUACAUCUUGUGGCAGAAACAGCAGCAGCAGCAGUCCGUGCUGAGGAUGUACAGUGGUGGGAGCGGUGGGGGAGGGGCGAUUAGCAAGUCACCUGAGUCCUGUGCCCCAGGGAAUAGUAUCCUAGUGGCUGGAGCCCAGAUAUCUUCCUCUUCCCGGGCGUACCCAAUGACAGCCAGCAUGAGUGGAGGAGGAGGCGGGCUGGAGAAGGUGAGCUCUUCCCCUUUGAACUGUGCAGGCAUGCAGGGAAAUUUUGCAGUUGGGCAGUACUUUGGGCCACCCUGGAACAGCAUCCUGGUCACCCCGGACAGCGACUGCUACAACCCUCAGGAGUUGCCAGGGACCACAGCCACCGCCGGGCACAGGGAGCUGAGCUUCCCGCCCCAUCAUCAUCAUCACCUUCAUCAUCACCACCACCAUCAUCACCACCCACCUUUAGACAGUGCAGGAGGCGUGUGCUGUAGCCUGCCGAGCAAAAGCCUGUGCAACGCUUCGGUCCUCAGCAGCAGCCUGCAGUCUCUGGAAUACCUGAUCAACGACAUCCACCCCCCGUGCAUUAAGGAGCAGAUGCUGGGCAAAGGCUACGAGACCGUCUCAGUACCGCGACUGCUGGAUCAUCAACAUGCACACAUUCGACUGCCUGUUUACAGAUAGAGUCCAGACUCUGAUUCCCGGGAAAGCGUCUAGGCAGGUCCAGUGUGAAGGGAUGGAAAUCUGAGAUCUUUUCAAUCAAAAAUAGAGGAUGUUCAAGAUUGUUCCGUAGUUAAGUGUGGCGACUUUGCCGUUAGCAGACUGGGAAGACAUGGAUCACCAUUGGCCAAUUGCCUGGAAAGCCAAGGGGUGCAUUUGAGCUGAUGGUUGGGAGAGAAUGCUCUGCUGGGAAAUAGAAUGUUAAAGGAUUCCAUUUGAGGAUUCUGU